GGCUCCUCCAUCCCUUCGCCUGCCAGCCUGUGGCAGAAGAGGGAGGCUGGCCGAGGGCUUUGGGCUCCUCGUUGAAGCUGGAAAGUGUGUCUUCCCCCCCCCCCCUCCGGGAAGCCGACGGGAAGCCUCUGAAGUGGCGUCCCCAGCCGGAGCCAGGAACGACCGACCGACCGGGGCCAGCCGGACCGACGUGUGGUGGACCUCCCCGCCUUCGCCCCACCCCAGCAUUCCUGCCACAUCAUGAAGGCAGCCGCCCCCGCUGCCCUUUCCUGACCUUGGCCGGACCCUCCCUGGCCAGCCAGCCAUGGGCAACGUGGGGAGCAGGCCCAGCUGCCUGGGGGAGAAGAACGGGCGGUCCGAGGACUUCCUGAAGGACUCCUACCUCAGGGACUUGGGCCUGGCGGCCCCCGGAUGCUCCUCGCCGGGAAGGAACAACGCCGGAGCCGAGGGGGGCGCUGGCCCUCCGGAGAAACCCCUGCUCAGCCCCCUGGUGAUUGAGAAUGGCUGGAACGGAGCCCAGCCCAGCAGCUCCCUCCCCAAGCAGAACAACGUGGACGUCAAAGUGCAGAACGGGGGCCUGGCCUGCAACCCCCUCAAGGCACACCUGGAGGCUGUGGCCGUGGCGGGGGAGGCCGGGCCUUGGAGGAGCCCCCCCAGGUCCUCCGGAGGCAGCUGGGCUUGGAAGACCCCCCUCCCCGCCGCCGCCGCCGCCACCACCACCACCACCACCGAGGUGACCGAGGUGACUGAGGUGACUGAGACCAUCGUGACUGAGAUUGUGGAGGUGACCGAGUACCCGGGUGGGGACAAGAGCCAGCCGCCCGUCAUCAUCCGAACCGUGAAGGUCCUGACGGAGGGUGCAGGAGCCGUUCCUGAGGCUGCCUCCUUCCACGGGCACUCGUGGAGCCGUGCGCCAGCCCAAGAGACACUGGGGAAGUUACUGGCCUGGGUGAAAGACAUGGAGGAGCUCAUGGCCGGCCAGAAACCUCCUUCCUCUGAGGCCAAGGUGGCGAGAGCUCAACUCCAAGAGCAGAAGCUUCUCCGGCGCCUCCUGGACGAGCGGAGACCCCUCGUGGAGCACCUCCUGCAGGGGAGGCAGCAGAACCCCCCGGAGCCUUCCCUGGCCAAGGAGGGGUGGGAGACGAACCUCUCCAGCCUUCAGGAGACGUGGGCGACCCUCAUCCAGAGAGCCGAAGGCAGGCACCGCUCCUUGGAGAAGAUCCUUCCCACGGCCUGCACCUUCCAGGAAUCAGUGGACGCUUUCCAGGACUGGCUGGGCUCCACCGAGAGGAAACUGGCCCAGCUCUGGCGAGCCAACGGGAAUCUGAACCCCACCCAGGAGGCCCAUCAGCAAAUCCAGGGUCUGUGUGAGGAAAUCCGCGCCAAGACGGCUGAACUGGAAGGCGCCCUGGGACACGGACAGCGGCUGAUGGAGAUGGUGCCAGAGGAAGAGGCCCACCUGGCCCAGGAGAAGAUGGACUCCGUCCGGAUGCGGUUCCUGAUCGUGGGCCAGAGCAGUGCCGACAUCCUGCAGCGCUUGGAGCAGGCCAGGGAGGCCUCCGCCCGCCUGGACGCCACCCAGGAGGACUUGGCCCUCUGGCUGGCCCGCCUGGAGAAGGAGCUGCUCCCGGAGGGCGGCUGGCCAGAAGGUGGCCUCGGCCCCGUCACGGCUGCAGAUGUGGAGAAGCUUGAGCAGGCUCUGCGGUCUGAAAUGGACCAGACCUCCCGCUUCAGCUCCCGGCUCGACCAGCUGGGCCCCCUGUGCCUGGACGCCCAGGCCCUCCCUUUGCAGCUGGCGGACCAAAAGCGUCUCUCUGCCGAGAUCCUGCACCACCAUAGCAUUGCCGAGCGGCUUGUGCCCGUCACGGACCGGCUGCUCAGCCGCUGCCCCUCAGACUUGCAGAAGCAGCUCCAGCCGUUGGCCCAGCGGUUGCGGGAGGAGAUGGAGCAGCUUGUGCACCGAAGCUCAGCCCGUGGCGCGCAGGUGGAGCGUGCCCAGCUGCUGCUGGCUCAGUACGCUGAAGCCCAGGAGGCGCUCCAGCCGUGGCUAGAGGAGACGCCGAGUGCCGUGGCCCUGCUGCUGUUCUCCUCCGAGGACAUGAGCUGUGAGACCUUCCGGGAGCACCAGGAGAGGCUGCAGCUUCUCCGGGAGGCAGCGGCUGAGCGCAAGCCCCUCUUGGCCAAGCUUCAGCGUGUCUCUGCUCAGCUGGGGGAGCUCAGCCCCCAGGAGGCAGCCCCCUUCCAGCAGGGCUGGCGGCUGGCGGAGGAGCGGUUCUGCGGCAUCCGAGAGCGUAUCCAGCAGGCAGCGGCUGUGAUGGAGGAGGCCAUCCCCCGGUACAGCCAGCUCUCCGAGCGCAUGGAGCUGAUGGAGGAAUGCCUGGAGAGGCUGCGAGGCCGCAUGGAGCGCCCCCUGGCUGUGCGAGGAGAUGCGGCCUGGCUCCGGGAGCAGGUCCGGGAGAACAGCCUCCGGCUGGGGGAGCUGGAGAGGCUGGGCACGGCCCUCGAGACCCUCCGUGGACAGGGGGCUGAGCUGCUGGCUGCCCUGCAGACCGGCACCCACCAAGGGAUCCAGAACCGCGUGGCGCAGCUGCUCGGCCAGUGGGAAGCCCUGUGGCGUGAGGGCGAGACGCGGGAGACCUGGCUGCACGGCCUCCUGACCUUGGCCGACCGCUUCUGGCAGGGACUCUCGGACCUAGCGGCCACUCUUGGCGACACCCAGGAGCUGGUGCUGGACUUGGAGGAGGGCCCCUCGGAGCCGGAGGCGAUUCGGGCCCGGCUUGCGGUCAUGCAGGCCUUGCGGGGAGAGAUUGACUCUUUGCAGAGCGACCUGGACUCGCUGGGCAGCCUCGGCGUGGAGCUGAUGUCCUCCUGCGGCCACCCAGACAAACCGGACGUCACCAAGAGCCUGGACGAGGCCUGGAAUUGA